UUCAGACAAAAUAGGUUGAAAUUCCCUGCCUUCUUCGACUUUUCUUAACAAGCGGUCAAAGUUCGGAAUUGGUGCUUCACAUGAAUAAAAACUCACCAUGACUGUGAUGGAAUUCUUUGGUUGCACCUUUAUAGCAUUUGGACCCCCCUUUGCUUUGUUUGUGUUCACAAUUGCCAGAGAUCCACUUCGAAUAAUUGUGCUCAUUGCUAGUGGAUUUUUCUGGCUGUUAUCACUACUAGUGUCCUCUAUAUUGUGGUAUGCAGUGGUUCCUCUGAGAGAACAACUAGUGUUUGGUCUAGUUUUCUCAGUUCUCUUUCAAGAAGCUUUCAGACUUCUCUUCUACAAACUUCUGAGGAAAGCUGAUGAUGGCUUACAGAAAGUCAGCCAAACUGGCCAAGAAAUGCAUAUGACUCCCAGGGAUAUCUCAAAUAAACAUAUAAUGGCAUAUGUGUCAGGUCUGGGGUUUGGUAUCCUCUCUGGUGCUUUCUCAACUGUCAAUGUGUUAGCUGAUAUGGUUGGUCCAGGGACCAUUGGUAUCCAUGGAGAUUCAAAAUAUUUCUUCGUAGCUACAGCUUUUCUCACACUAAGUUUUAUACUUCUCCACACAUUCUGGGGGGUCAUCUUCUUUAAUGGACUUGACAAGAGGCGAUACCACAUGGUGGCGCUGGUGGUGGGAUCUCACAUGCUUAUCUCAUGUCUGACCCUUCUGAACCAGAGGACGUCCUCCCGUGAGAGCCCCCUCUAUCUGGCCAGUAUCCUCCCGGCCUACUUCCUCACCGUCGUCAUGGGAAUCAUUGCCUACAUCACAGCCGGGGGAUCACUUGCCAAUAUCAAGAGUUGUCUCCCUUGUGGCAAUGCGAGAAAAUAUGAGAUUGAAUAAACAUUGGAACUUUAGCCAAAACAUGAAAGCUAAAAACAUUUAUUGUCAUUGUCUCAUUUUCUUUUAUUUUUGUCUGAUUUGUACAUCCUCAGUCAUUUUUCAGAGAAAAAAUGUCAUUAAAAAAUAAAUUUACACAAGUAUA